UUUCCAACUUGGACUCUGGCCACAGUCAGACUGUCCUGCUUCUGUCCAGGGCGCUCGUUGCUAGACUGGUGUAAACAUGUCGGCUAAAGAUCAGAAAAGCCCUAACGUGGGGAGGAAGCGUCCGCGGAAUGAUGUGGGGAACAAAGUGACGGUUGUUCUCGGGGGACAGUGGGGCGAUGAAGGCAAGGGGAAAGUUGUCGAUCUGCUUGCAACUGAGUCAGACAUUGUGUGCAGAUGUCAGGGAGGCAACAAUGCGGGUCAUACUGUAGUGGUGGAGGGGAAGGAGUAUGAUUUCCAUCUCCUACCCAGCGGCAUCAUCAACUCCAAAGCCACCUCUUUUAUCGGAAAUGGAGUUGUCAUCCAUCUACCUGGAUUAUUUGAGGAAGGGGAUAAAAACGAGAAGAAAGGUCUCAAAGACUGGGAGAAGAGACUGGUGAUCUCAGAUAGGGCCCACAUAGUGUUUGACUUUCACCAGGCAGUGGACGGACUGCAGGAGGUACAGAGGAAAGCCCAGGAAGGGAAGAACAUAGGAACUACAAGAAAAGGAAUUGGACCGACCUACUCCAGCAAAGCCUCCCGCACCGGCCUUAGAAUCUGUGACCUGCUCGCCGACUUCAAAGAGUUUUCAGCCAGAUUCAAGUUGCUUGCGCAACAGUACCAAUCCAUGUUCCCUACUCUGGAAGUAGACAUCGAUGGUCAGCUAAAAAAACUUCAGGAGUUUGCCGAGCGGAUUCGACCCAUGGUGCGGGACGGUGUCUAUUUCAUGUACGAGGCCCUACACGGAGUCCCAAAGAAGAUCCUUGUGGAGGGGGCCAAUGCUGCCCUGCUUGACAUUGACUUUGGUACUUAUCCCUUUGUGACAUCAUCAAACUGCACCGUCGGCGGAGUGUGCACCGGGCUUGGCAUUCCUCCACAGAAUGUUGGGGAUGUUUAUGGCGUGGUCAAGGCCUACACCACACGCGUGGGGAUCGGCGCUUUUCCCACAGAACAGCUUAACGAAAUGGGGGAGCUGCUUCAGACCAGGGGUCAUGAGGUGGGGGUGACCACCGGGAGGAAGCGGCGCUGCGGUUGGCUGGACCUGGUCAUCCUUCGCUACGCCCACAUGAUCAACGGUUUCACAGCACUGGCCUUAACUAAACUUGAUAUCCUUGAUGUGAUGGAUGAGAUCAAAGUUGGAGUGGCGUACAAAAUCAACGGCAAACGAAUCCCAUACUUUCCAGCCAACAUGGAAAUUCUUCAGAAGGUGGAGGUGGAGUACGAGAAGCUCCCCGGGUGGAAGAGCGAUACCUCACCAUGCAGGAAGUGGGAGGACCUGCCACCCAAGGCCCAGAAUUACAUCCGCUUCGUUGAAAACCACGUCGGCGUUCCAAUCAAAUGGGUUGGAGUCGGAAAGUCCAGAGAAUGCAUGAUUCAGCUGUUCUAGGGAUUCCAAGAACCCCCAGUGCUUCAUGCAUCACCACUCUCCCUCUCCCUCUCUCUUUCCUAGUCCAUCCAUCCAUCCAUGGUGCUGCUCUGGAUGUAUUUGAUAUAGACUCCCUUUGUUGUUCCUGUAAAUUGUGAGAUUCUGUUUUGUUUUUGGUGAAGCAGAACAUAAAUGAAACGAAAGUGGAAAGAUGACCAUGGCGACUUUAUUUUGGUUCCUUCGGAAUACAUGCAAUACAUCUAGUGAUGUUCUCAUUUUUAGACCAAAACUACUGAAAGCAUAACAUGUUGGGCAAGCACUGUUUACUGAUACCCAACUUGUUGUCUGAUGUCAUGCCCCAUUCAGAGCUAUUUGCAUGUGUUAUCUUUGAGUUACUGCAAAUAUCUCAUACAGAUUCAAGGAUACAUACUUAACAUUGCACAUGGAUUGCUGUAUGUGCAUGUAAAUGCAAUAACUCCGAGGGUAAACAAUGUCUGACCAUCUUUUUCUAUGCUAUACUGCACAUUUUAUGUCUGAAUCAUGCUAUUUGGCCAUGUGUGCAUAUUGUUUUCCGAAAAUAAUGCCAUAGUUUCAUACGACUAUUUGUCAAGAAUUUAAUUGGCCUAAUGUGUUGCGACAUUUCGCAAAUUGCGAAUUUAUUAAUUUCCCCUGUCUUGCAUAACACAUGUUUUAAGACUUGAAAACCCCAUGGCCAGUAUUUAUGCUCAUUCAUUUACAUGAAUGUGACCUACAAUUUUUCUUUACACCUUGAUAAUCUUGUAAUAACUUUAUGCUGUUUUUGAGUAUCUGUUACGGCUUGAAUACCUUUGGUCAAUCUGGCAUUUUAAUCACAGUUCAAUUGUGCAGUGUGAAGACUUAUGCUGAGAGGAGAACGUAGCAGAUUCAUGUUUCCUCCUUCGAGAGUAAAUCCUUGCACUUGCACUGCAGAAACUUCCAAUCUAAUAAAAUCUAACCAAGUGUUAAUUAAUCUUCAGCGCUAUCUCGUGAAAUCGUUUGAUUUUGGAUUUUGGCUGCCAGUGCGGUGAGCAAAUUUGUCUUGAUAAGAUUCCUUGAAAUAAGUCAAACUUGUAUUAAAUUAAAUCAAAGGGAUGUUUUGAGAGGGCCAGCUAUGUCUCUUUAUACUAAAAACAAUAGCAAAUAGAUGUUUUGAUCUUAAUAUAAGAUGACAAAAACUUGGUUAGAUUUCUUUUUUUUUUUUUGCAGUGCAUGUGACAGCCUGGCACUAUGCGGAUGUGUCACAGAGCUUUACUGUACACCAUCAAACCUGUCUAGUGGGGUAUUUCCACCAGUGGGGAAGUGUACAUUUAGGCCUAUUUCAGCCUGUAAUCUUCCUCGUCAGAGUUUCCACUUUUUACUGUAUAACACAGGUGCAGUAAAGAGAAAGUGGAAGUCAGCAAAUAAACCUGAUGCACACCA